UCACAUAUUAGUACAGCAACUCCAAUUUAUAUUAUUGGUUUUAAGAUAGAUUAUAUAGAACCGGAAGUAAAUUUUAGCGGCCGAACAGUUUUGGAUUGUUUAUGUUUUGAAACAUUCGAUGUUUUCCCCAAAAAGAAAAUGCCAAAGCGUAAGCAUACAAAAGAGGUGACCGAAGAAGCUGAAAGUGAACCAAGUGAUUCUGAGAGUGAGCAUUCAGAACCAACAUCAAGAGUUACAAGAAGAUCAGCACCAGAUUUGAAGACAUUCACAGAGUUGACACCAGUCAAGAAAAGAAAGAGACUUGAUACCUCAACAUCUGAAUCAGAAUCAGAAGUACAAACUUUGUCACCAAAAAGAAAAAAAGCGAAAGGAAAACAAAAAUCUCAAAGCCCAGAAAAAGAAAUAAAAUCUGCUAAACAAACACUUGAUAGUGAUGUGAAGGUAGAAAAAGUGAACAAAAGUGGCAAACAAAAUAAAAACAAUGUUGGUAAAUCUGAACGUGGGGGUAAAGGUGAAAAACUUGGAAAGGGAAAACACCACUCUAAAUCCAGUAAAGGGAAACAGAGUGGUAAACAUGGAGAUAAAAAACGUACAAUUGAAAUGACAGCAGAAGAUGGGUUUCUGUCAAUAUGGACUGAGAAAAGACCUACGCCAUCGUUAGAUUACAAUGAAAGUAAUGCAAAAUGUCCCUUACCCGGCUGUGACUCUGCAGGUCACUUAACAGGAAGGCAUGAUAGGCAUAGAACAUUAGCCUCUUGUCCGCUUUAUCACAACACAACAGCAGAUGAGUGUAAAGGUCGAUAUGAAGAAAGACAGAAGAAUAUUUUAGACAGAGUUAAAAUUGUGGAAUCCUUGCAAGAUAAACGAGAUUUUAGAAGGAAGGUUCAAACAGAUGAACAGAAAGUCAAAGUGAUCAAAAUUAGAGGGAUGAGACAAAAGUUUAGAGAUAUACCAGAAGAUAUCAAAGUUGAACACAGAAAAUACAAGGACACGUAUGAGAGAGCUAGAGAACCAUUGCUACAGGGCCUAGCAUCAGAGUUUGAUCUCAAGUUGUUUAGGGAAGCUCAGGCAAAGGCCUGUGAAGUACUGGAACAUGAAAUUACACAACACUAUACUAAAAGUGAUCUCUCAGAAUACAGAAUAAAGAAGUUAGAGAUUGGAAGGUUUGAAAUGACCACAUGGUAUGCUAGUCCUUACCCAGAGGAAUAUGCUCGACUGCCUAAAAUAUAUCUAUGUGAAUUUUGUCUCAAAUAUAUGAAAACGGCCACAAUUCUUAGGCGACAUAUGGCUAAAUGUGUGUGGAGACAUCCGCCAGGAGAUGAGAUUUAUCGUAAAAAUAAUAUGUCUAUGUUUGAAGUUGAUGGUAAAAGGAAUAAGGUGUAUUGUCAGAAUUUAUGUUUAUUAGCAAAGCUGUUUUUAGACCAUAAAACAUUAUAUUUUGAUGUAGAACCAUUCUUGUUUUAUGUGAUGACAGAAAAUGAUUCACAUGGCUGUCACAUUGUUGGCUAUUUUUCUAAGGAGAAGAAUUCUUUUCUUAACUACAAUGUAUCUUGUAUAUUAACCUUACCACAAUACAUGAGACAAGGCUUUGGAAAAAUGUUAAUAGAUUUUAGUUAUUUAUUGAGUAAAACAGAAAACAAAGUAGGAUCACCUGAAAGACCUUUGUCUGACCUUGGUCUUCUUAGUUACCGUAGUUACUGGAAGGAUACAUUAUUAGGAUAUAUCCACAAGUACAAAGGAAGUGAAAUUUGUAUCAAAGAUAUCAGCACAGAAACAGCCAUAAAUGCCAAUGAUAUUGUCAGUACUCUUCAGGCUUUAGGCAUGUUAAAAUACUGGAAGGGAAAACAUCUAAUUUUACGGAGACAGGAUCUUAUUGAUAGUUUCAUCGAGAAGAAAGUGAAACGUCCAACUGACUUUAAAACAAUUGAUGCAGCAUGUUUAAAAUGGACACCACAUGCAAAGAGACAACAGCAGCCUCAAACAGCACCCUAAAAUAUAGUUUUAUGUGAUAGAUUCAAUCCCAGUAGUUGAUCAUCAAUAAUGAAUGAAUGCUUUGAUUCUGUUCCUCCUAGAAAUGGACCAUGUUAGCAUUAUGGAACUAUAGAAGUUUGAUGAAAAAUCUCAGCGUUUUGAUGUUUUAGCAGAGGAACCGAAGGACUGAAGAGAAUAUUUUUAUUUGUUUUUAACAUCUUAUUUAAAUCCACUCUUCUAAGCAAAACAUUGCUAAGUAUGCUAGCAUAUGUCAUACAUACCUCACUUUAAUGGAUAUGUCUAUAGGGAAGAUGGAGAGACUAUUUUAUGUAUUGAAAAGAAGUAAAUUCAUCAUAAUCAAAUUGUUUAGGGUAGAAUGAUCAAAAUAUAUUGGUUAAAAUUACAAAAUACUGAAGUUAUACCAAAACAUUAAGAUUUAUUUUGGUUAUUUAUCAAUAAUGCUGUUUAGAACAAAAACCGUAACAAAUUAAAUAAUUUUGAUUUAGUUGAACACCAUAAUACACACCUAUGACUGGACUGCUAAUAUUUGGGGAACUAAAAAUUCAUAUAUCUAUUUUUCAAAGUAAAAAAUGGGAUUGUCAGAUAUUUUGACAUUAUGUAAAAUUUGCACAUUUGGGUAAUAACUUUUAAUUCUUGAACAUCUUUUUUUAUAAUUUUUACUAAAAGUGGUUUGUGUCUGGAUAAACUUUAUCUUUUCAGUCUCUGGGAAAUCUCAGAAUCUAAAACUUAUUAUUCUGUUCUGUUUUGUUUUAAUUGCUUUAAAUUAUUGUUGAUUUUUAAAAAACUUCAAAUAUUGAUUGUUUCUUUAAAUUUUUAUUAUGUUGUAAAUUUCAUGUGUUGGAGUACAUGAUUAUAUGAAUGUGUCUGGGGUGAAAGGUACUAGCCAAUAGUUAAUAUUUAGUAGAAAACUUAAUAUUCAACUAUAUGUUUUUUUGUGUUAGGGAAUUUUAAGGAUCAAACACUGUUUUUUAAUGAAUAAAUUGCAUACAAACGUUAAAAAAAUAAAUAAUGGAUUCUUUAUCCAAUCUUGCAAAUUCCAACCUCGAUUUAUAUAUACAAUAUCAUGCAUUUCUACAGAGCACACAAUUUAUGUCAAUAAAUAUCCAAUCUAUUUAAAAA